GUUGCACUAGAGGAGAUAAAAUAUGCUACACGCUGUUUAUAUAGGACAGCUUCCAAUUCCAGGCUGUCUCAUUACACCCACUCCUCCGGCAGCCAAUCCCGCAGCUCUCAAUUCCUUGUUCUGUAAGCAACUGCUGGCUGCGUGAGAACAAUAACGAGGAAAUCACUCACCUCUGACAGUCUCAGUCUGGGAAAGGCACUAUUGCAUACUAACCAGGAGUCCUAGGAAGAGAAAAGCAGGACAAUGAGGGAUGCUUAUGAUGUGAUUGUCAUUGGUGGAGGCAUUUCAGGGCUUUCUGCUGCUAAACUGCUCAAAGAGUCAGGAGUUAACGUGGUGGUGUUGGAAGCUCAGAACAGAGUUGGUGGACGAACACACACUAUACGAAACAAGGAAGUUCAAUAUGUGGAUGUCGGAGGUGCAUAUGUGGGACCAACUCAGAAUCGGUUAUUACGAAUGGCUAAAGAAUUGGGUGUGCAGACUUAUAAGGUGUAUUUAAAUGGCCAUCUUAUCCAGCGUUCAAAGGGUAAAUCAUACAGAUUUCAAGGAGCAUUCCCACCUGCAUAUAACCCAUUGGUCUACUUGGAUUAUAACAAUUUCAUGAGAACCAUGGAUCAGUGGGGGACUCAGAUUCCAGCUGAUUCUCCAUGGAAAGCACCACAUGCCAAGGAAUGGGAUAACAUGUCAAUGAGAGAAUUUAUAGAAAAAGUGUGCUGGACAAGUGCAGCCAGAAGGUUUGCAGAGCUCUUUGUGAAUUUGGUUGUGACAGCUGAGACUCAGCAAGUUUCUACACUUUGGUUUCUAUGGUAUGUGAAGAUCUGUGGUGGAACAACAAGGAUUUUCUCAACAGAAAAUGGCGGGCAGGAGAGAAAGUUUGUUGGAGGCUCUGGACAGAUAAGCGAGAGGAUAAUGGAUCGCCUUCAGGAUCGAGUGAAGCUGGAGAGACCAGUGAUUAGACUUGAUCAGUCUGGAGAAAAUGUCAUCGUGGAAACCUUAAACCAUGAAAUAUAUCAGAGUAAAUUUGUCAUUAGCGCUAUACCACCAGUGUUGAGUACAAAGAUCCAUUUCACUCCAGAGCUGCCACCAGUCAGAAACCAGUUAAUACAUCGUCUUCCAAUGGGAUCCGUUAUCAAAUGUAUGGUUUAUUAUAAGGAAGCCUUCUGGAGGAAAAUGGGGUUCUCUGGAUGUAUAUUGAUUGAAGAAGAAGAAACACCGAUUGGAUUCACCUUGGAUGACACUAAACCUGACGGUUCUGCACCAGCCAUCAUAGGAUUCAUCCUCUCCAGAAAAGCAUCUCUGCUGGCAAAUCUGAGCAAGGAAGAGAGGUAAUGCAUUUAUUCUGAAU